AUGUGUUAUUCUGUGGGAUUCACCCGCUCUCUGGGCCUGGCUCUGCUGCCUCUGGCGCUCUGCUGCAUCGUCGCCAACCUGCUGCUGCUGUUUCCUAUGGGAGAGAUCACCUACAUCCAGCAGGAUCGCCUGGCCAGCUACAUCUGGUUCUUUGGUGGACUAGGAGGUGGAGGACUGUUGAUGCUGAUUCCAGCUGUUGUCUUCAUCACUCUGGGGAAAUGCAGCUGCUGCUGGAAUGAGAGCUUGAUGAUGUGCGGGUCAGCGCUGGCAGCCAUCAUCGGCCUCGUGGGGUCCGGUUACUGCUUUGUUAUUUCUGGGCUUACCUUAAUGCAAGGCCCCCACUGUUUCACCUCAUUAGGGUGGUCGUAUCCCUUUGCUGAUCAGAAUGGCAGGUAUCUGUUGCGGCCAGAAAUCUGGUCACAGUGCCUUCAGCCACUGAAUAUUGUGGAGUGGAACGUCACUCUUCUGUGUGUGUCGUUGGGCCUGGCUGUGCUGGAGUUCAUCAUCUGCCUGUUACAGCUGGGGAACGGUUUAGUUAACGCCAUCUGCCGGCCCUGCUGCUACAAGCAGGAGUAUAGCCUUAAUGCUUAG